GUACAAUUGUAAGAAUCCUUUUUACAAAGAACAAUCAGAACGUUAACUUCCAGGCAUUCACGAACAAAUUUGAGAAUGACAACGCUUACGAAGUAUUAAAACGUGGCAGUCACGAAGAAACUAGAGUAAAGCUUAAAUCAGCUACAGGUUUAGAGCUCAACAACUGCAGGAUAACAAACCACGUCCUAUACAAAGACAAUCAAAUAUGAUCCAACACAACUUGGUAAAGCUUCUGUUUGUAAUGCUUUGUUGCUUUCAAACAACAUAUGGUUUUGCUGAUGGAAUAUGCAAUGGUAGAAAGUACAAGACGCAAAAUGCAACCGAAGGAAAACCCAUUGUCAUGGUUGAGUUGUCGCCUCGUCACGAGAGCUUUAAAGUUGACGACGUGGCCUUCUUAAAAUGUAAAGUGCAGGCGAAUCCUGCAGCGGAAAUCUUGUGGCUAUACGAAGGAAAAUAUAUUGAAGGAAUAGAACAACAGCAGGCGUAUGAUUAUUCACAUUGCAAUACAACCCUUAGAAUAAUGUUUUUGGAACCGAGGGACACAGGACGAUACUCGUGUAUGGCCAGGAACACUCAUGGUGAAACAAUAUCUGCACCUGUUGUCCUUGCUGUGCAGCAAACAGACAAGUACUAUGGAAUUUACAAGAAUGCCUCAAUCAUAAAGACGUCCUCCGGUUCGCAGUGUGUCUCAAAGCAGAGGAAUAUCACGCUUCGCUGUGUACAUAACGAAAGCAAAGGAAUUUGUGUUUGGAAAAAGGAUAAAGCUCGCUUAAAUGACAGUAAAGUGGACUUUUGCGAUAAUAAAAUGUGCUGUAUUAGCAUUCCUCGUUUCAAAGAAGAACAUUUUGGUCUUUAUACUUGUUUCAUGUACGGAGACGUUCGAAAAGCCGUUAUUUCUCUCUCCAAAUCAGAUCAAAUUGUAAUUCGAAGUGAAACUUCGUGCAACGGCGUUGGAAUGGCAAACAAAAUAAAUGUCUGUGUUUUUGUGGGCAGUAUGCUAGCGAUGUUUGGUUCAAUUUUCUAAAUUUUCUUUUGUAAUCGAACAAUGUUAAUGAAAAAUGCAAUGAAAAACUAAAGAACGAAGGCAAACACGUUAUUUUGUAAUUGUUAUUCGAUGCACGAUCAUCUGCCUAACGCUAAUUAUAUGUUUUCAGAAGUUUGUAAUUUUAAUCUUUCUAUCUAGUCACAGUAGAGUGAGCUAACAGCA